CAUCAUCCUGAGACUGGAGUUCGUGGAAAAGCAGGCAAAGGAGCGUUUUGUGCUCUUGUGUGUGUGAGACAGACAGACAGACUCACUGUGUUCAGCGCCGACGGAUUACAACCAUCAUUGUUUCUACUCUCGUUCCGUUCUAACCGUUUUAAGCUUCACGGAGGGUUUUAAAUCGUAACGGAGUAUUAUUUUGUUCACCAAGUGGAAUGUACACACCUAUGGACCAAUGGAUGUAAAUAAACAGCACCAGGAUUGAUAGUCUGCUGUAUUAUUAUCAUUAUUACUAUUAUUAUUAUUAGCUUUCAUGCUUGUUGUGAUUAUUACUAGCCUUUAAACGCAGACAGUGUUGCCAAGGAUACGAGUCGUGGGGAGAUUCCCAAAGCCCGGCGUUUGUGCACCGGAAGGAACCCCAUCUACAAGCUACACACAUCUUUUCCACCUUGUUAUUGAAGAAUGCCGGGAAGUCGUUGUCCUCCUCAGGCAGCCUAGCGAAGGUUCAGAAAGUAGCAAGCUGGCUUUUGGAAAUGAACCAGGACCUGCUGGUUCCCGAACCUGAGCCAGAACCUGAACCCGGACUCAUGAACCGCGAGCGAGAACCUCAGAACCGGAGGAGAGAGCGAGGAGAGGAGGAUGAGGAGGAGGAGGAAGAGGAGGAGGAGCGAGAGCGAUCCGGAGAGGGGGAAGAAGCAGAGGAAGAUCCCUGGCCUUCGGGGAGGGAGUCUGUGAGCCAGAACGAGGGAGCAGAAGAAGGCAGGAGAGAGGAAGUGAAUGGAGGAGAGAAAGCCGUCCAGUGGUUGUGGGAGCAGGAGCAGAGAAGACGGAGACGGAGGCGGAGAAAUAAUGACGGGGAAGAGGAGGAGAACAACAACCAUGACAAUGGAGGAGGAGGAGAAGGAGGAGAAGGACCGGUACGGACAGGACUGCGCUCUGAGGAAGACGAGGAGGAUGGUGAGAGAGAGGAGGAGGAAGAGAUGGACCAGGAGAGUGAUGAGUUUGAAGCAUCAGAGGACAGUGUAAGAGAGGAGGAUGAGGAGGCAGAGGAGGAGGAGGAAAGAGAGACAGGACUUCACUCUUCUUCACUUAAAACCGGAGCAUCAAAUCCUAACGAUAACACCGAUGUCCAAUCAGGACGACAGAACCAAAGCUCAUCUUCAUCUCAGCACACACAUCCCCAGAUGAAGAGGAAGUUGGACCACGGACCCGAAGUUCGGCCGUUUCCAUCAGGCAAGAAGCCUUGUCCAAGUCCAACAGGUUUGGUCCCGUAUCCAUCCACCCCCACUACAUUUGGUGACUUGAGAGCUGCUAACGGACAGGGACAGCAGAGACGUCGUAUCACCUCCAUCCAGCCUCCCACAGGCUUACAGGAAUGGCUCCGUACCUUCCAGAGUUGGAGCGGGCCAGAGAAGCUCUUGGCUCUGGAUGAGUUGAUUGACAGCUGUGAGCCUACACAGGUGAAGCACAUGAUGCAGGUGAUCGAGCCUCAGUUCCAGAGGGACUUCAUCUCCCUACUGCCCAAAGAGUUGGCUCUGUACGUCUUGUCCUUCUUGGAGCCGAAGGAUUUGCUCCAGGCCGCUCAGACGUGUCGAUACUGGCGAAUCCUUGCUGAAGACAACCUGCUCUGGAGAGAAAAAUGCAAAGAAGAAGGUAUCGACGAGCCGUUGCACAUCAAAAGGAGGAAGGUGGUGAAGCCGGGGUUCAGUCACAGCCCGUGGAAGAGCGCCUACAUUAGACAACACCGCAUCGACACCAACUGGAGGAGAGGAGAGAUCAAAUCACCAAAGGUGUUGAAAGGACACGAUGAUCACGUCAUCACAUGCCUGCAGUUUUGUGGGAAUCGUAUCGUGAGCGGUUCAGACGAUAACACACUCAAAGUGUGGUCUGCAGUCACAGGAAAGUGUUUGCGGACGUUAGUUGGACACACGGGCGGUGUUUGGUCCUCUCAGAUGAGAGACAACAUCAUCAUCAGCGGCUCGACAGAUCGGACUCUGAAAGUGUGGAACGCCGAGACGGGGGAGUGUAUUCACACACUGUACGGACACACAUCCACCGUGCGCUGCAUGCACCUGCAUGAAAAGAGGGUGGUGAGUGGAUCCCGGGAUGCGACUCUGCGCGUAUGGGAUAUCGACUCUGGUCAGUGUUUGCACGUGCUGAUGGGUCACGUGGCGGCGGUGCGCUGCGUGCAGUACGACGGGCGCCGUGUGGUCAGCGGAGCCUACGACUUUAUGGUCAAAGUGUGGGACCCUGAGACAGAGACGUGCUUACACACGCUGCAGGGACACACCAACCGGGUCUACUCACUACAGUUCGACGGCAUCCACGUGGUCAGCGGUUCUUUAGACACGUCCAUCCGAGUGUGGGACGUGGAGACGGGGAACUGCAUACACACGCUCACGGGUCAUCAGUCCCUCACCAGCGGCAUGGAGCUCAAAGACAACAUCCUGGUGUCGGGGAACGCAGACUCCACUGUCAAGAUCUGGGACAUAAAGACGGGACAGUGUCUCCAAACACUGCAAGGUCCCCAUAAGCACCAGAGCGCCGUCACGUGUCUGCAGUUCAACAAGAACUUUGUGAUCACGAGUUCUGACGAUGGCACGGUGAAGCUGUGGGAUUUGCGCUCGGGAGAUUUCAUCCGGAACCUGGUGAGCCUGGAGAGCGGCGGCAGCGGCGGCGUCGUGUGGAGGAUCCGAGCCUCCAACGUCAAGCUGGUGUGUGCCGUGGGCAGCAGGAACGGCACCGAGGAGACCAAACUGCUCGUGCUCGACUUCGACGUCGAACUCAAGUGAACUGGACAUGAAGCGAAGGGAGAGGAAGAGCAGCAGGGCGAGGAUGGGGUUACGGAAACGGGCCUCCUCGCGCAGCUCCGCCACCAGACCCACCACUGCUCAUCGUUCCUGCCAUGAAUCGCCCCUUUAGUGGCCGCCGCUGCAAUUUAUUUUUGAGGGAAGGGGAUGGGUUGUGCUUCUUCAGAAAAGGGGCAGGGCAUAAUCCAUAGCGGGAACAGCGGGAACAGGAAGUGCGCCUUCUUGCGCAGCUCAGAGACUGGACCCAACAAAGAGGCAUCACCUCCUCCAUCUUUAGAAUGGGGUGGGGGCAGGAACGAGGAGGCGGGGCCUCUGCAUUAUGGGAAGGAAGGCUUCCUCAUGCAGCUCCAUGACUGGCAUCUGCUUGUCUGGUCCUUUUGGGGUUCUGUGCAGCAAAGCAUUCUGGGAAGGAACGAGAUCGUUUGUUUGUUUGUUUUUUCUUUUCUAUCCUUCACUCCCUUUCUCACAGCCUUUCUUGCUCAGAGACUUGCAGACUCAAGCCUGCACACCCCAGACAUGGUUCUCUCUAUUUUUGUUCUUUCUUUUGUUUGUUUUUGUUUUUAAACCGUUACGAACAAGUCGACACUGUAUGCAUGACGUAAGCGAGGAAGCUGAGUUGUCACAGGUGAUGGUGAACGGCCACGAAUGCACGCAGGUUUAGAGAUUUUAACAGGAUAAACAAAACCGAUAAAAGAGCUUUGAGAUUUAAAUGUGAGGAUUUAACACACGCACACACACGCACACACACACGCACGCACGCACGCUGGACCCUUGAUACGUGUCAGAGAGCGGCCGAUUUUCUCUCGUUCGUCCUUUCUCCUUAUGUCCCACACAAACACAUUUCUUUGGUGUUCAGUGCACAACUGUGAAUUUCAGUAUCACUCAUUAUUUCCUUUUUUUUGUUCACAAACAUCAGCAUUCGUGUUCUUGUCGCAUUUCUCUCCACCGUUACCUCUACAACGAGUCUCAGUAUUAAUUUAAAGACAGUCUGACAUUUAAAUAAACAAAAAAAAAAACCAACAGAUCGGUACACGGUUCCUCUGAUCCUGAGCUUACUGCCGUGCCGAUGCGGGUAAUAAAGCAGGAGGCCGAGCGGCGGCGGCAGGUUGGCGUGGUGUGAACCGCAUGUCUAACUCAUCACCAUUGCCUCAAAAGACAUCCCACACACACUACGCUAAACUGGGGCUCACACGCUUCUCCUCGUUAUUAGCCGUCGCACGACGCAAACUUCACAAAUCAUGGUAAUGGAGGAAGAGUGUGGAUCUGUUGUUUUUUUGUCGUUCGAUCCGUCUUUAAGUGCUGUUCCACAUCCUCAGUGCAGUUGGUUUGUCGUUGCUGUUCUCUGAUUAAACUUCCUAAUGUUGGCUCAGUACCGUUGCUUCAUGGGAGAUUAGAAAUUACGAUUGAUUUUCUUUUUUUAUUAUUAUUAUUAUUAUUAUUUUACUUCUAAGCCCCCUGGAAGCCCCACCCCUUCCUGUUCCUGUUCUCCCAGUGGCCAAACUGAACUUAAUGCUGCUAGUCACUCAUGCGGGACUUUUUAUUUUAUUUUUCUUUUUUAAUUCUUAUUUUUCCUCCACUGGCUGUGACGUUUUAGUCCCAGACUAAAUCCUAAAAGAAUUUAGACUUAUAAAUAAAUCGACAAAAAGACACAAUGAGUACAAGACAUGACAUCUGACUUUCUUCUUCUCUUUUAUUUCGCCACUGAAACUUGAGCCAAAUGUGCCUCUACGAGGCUGAAAGAAGGUCCGACGACUACAGACGAUGCCGUGUGUGUGUGUGUGUGUGUGUGUGUGUGUGUGUGUGUGUGUGUGUGUGUGUGUGUGUGUGUCGUUCACACGUUCCUCGGGACGGAAGUUCUGUUGGACGUGUGGGAUGAAUUUUUAGGUUUUUAUGGUUUAUGGCAUCGGAUUGAUGGAAGUCGAACUCGCUCAUCGUUCUUUCUGAAGAGGAGACAGAAAAGCGUCAACGCAACGUAGCCAAACCUGUUGGUCUCGAGUCACACACACACACACUCACGCUGAACUGUGAACCUGGUUUAACACUGUAUAUUACGAUAAAAAAAAGAAACAACAACUUUCUCCAGUUUUUAGCUUUUAUUUAUGGUCUGGUUUAAGAAAAUCAGACGAUGGAGGUGUUUUUUUUUUUUUUGUUUGUUUUGUUUUCUUUUUUCUUUUUCUUUCUUUUUUUUUCCAGUCCAAACUGCCUGGUGUAACAGACAGAUAAAAAAAAUACAGCAAACCUUAAAGGGAUUGUUUAUUAGAAUUUUUAUUUUCUUAUAACUUAAGUGCAAUAAAAUGUGGGGUUGUUUAUUAUUGGUUUUUUUUCCUUUAUUUGUUUCAUUUCAAGCUUCUUUUUUGUCAAUGUGUGAAAGUGUCAUAUGUGCCCAAUAAAGCUUCUACGGUUUAUUGUA